CUCUGCGUUCGCCUUGCCCGCCGCCACCUCAGACCCGCCGCUAGCUAGCCUCUCGGAACUUCAGCUCCAGCAUCGGCAUGUUGCGCCCUGCUGCGCUUGCCGCCGCCCGCCUCGUGCUCCGCCAGGGCCGCCGCCUAUUAUCGGCCGCCCCUACCCAGGCGGUGCCGGCCCCCAACCAGCAGCCCGAGAUCUUCUACAACCAGAUCUUCAUAAACAAUGAGUGGCAUGAUGCUAUCAGCAAGAAAACUUUCCCUACCGUCAAUCCAUCCACUGGGGAUGUCAUCUGUCAUGUAGCUGAAGGAGACAAGGAAGAUGUGGACAGGGCAGUGGAAGCUGCCCGGGCUGCAUUCCAGCUGGGCUCACCCUGGCGUCGCCUGGAUGCAUCUGACAGGGGCCGGCUGCUGAACCGCCUGGCCGAUUUGAUUGAGCGGGACCGGACCUACCUAGCGGCACUGGAGACCCUGGACAACGGCAAGCCCUAUGUCAUCUCUUACCUGGUAGAUUUGGACAUGGUCCUCAAGUGUCUCCGUUACUAUGCUGGCUGGGCUGAUAAGUACCAUGGUAAAACCCUUCCCAUCGACGGGGACUACUUCAGCUACACUCGCCAUGAGCCUGUGGGAGUGUGUGGGCAGAUCAUCCCGUGGAACUUCCCGCUCUUGAUGCAAGCGUGGAAACUGGGCCCAGCCUUGGCGACUGGAAACGUGGUUGUGAUGAAGGUUUCUGAGCAGACUCCACUCACUGCCCUCUAUGUGGCCAACUUGAUUAAGGAGGCCGGCUUUCCUCCUGGCGUGGUCAAUAUUGUUCCUGGAUAUGGCCCAACAGCCGGGGCUGCCAUCGCCUCUCAUGAGGAUGUGGACAAAGUGGCCUUCACAGGCUCCACUGAGGUUGGCCACCUCAUCCAGGUUGCUGCAGGGAAGAGUAACCUCAAGAGAGUGACCCUGGAGCUAGGAGGAAAGAGCCCCAAUAUCAUCAUGUCAGAUGCUGAUAUGGACUGGGCUGUGGAGCAGGCCCACUUCGCCCUGUUCUUCAACCAGGGCCAGUGCUGCUGUGCGGGCUCCCGGACCUUUGUGCAGGAGGACAUUUAUGCUGAGUUUGUGGAGCGGAGUGUUGCCCGGGCCAGGUCUCGUGUGGUGGGGAACCCUUUUGACAGCCGGACUGAGCAGGGGCCGCAGAUAGAUGAAACUCAGUUUAAGAAGAUUCUUGGCUACAUCAAGUCUGGGAAGGAGGAAGGGGCGAAACUGCUCUGCGGUGGAGGGGCGGCUGCUGACCGUGGCUACUUCAUCCAGCCCACCGUGUUUGGAGAUGUGCAAGAUGGCAUGACCAUUGCAAAGGAGGAGAUCUUUGGGCCAGUGAUGCAGAUUCUCAAGUUCAAGACCAUAGAGGAAGUCAUUGGGAGAGCCAACAAUUCCAAGUACGGGCUGGCCGCAGCUGUCUUCACAAAGGACUUAGACAAGGCCAAUUAUCUGUCUCAAGCCCUUCAGGCUGGCACCGUGUGGGUCAACUGCUAUGACGUGUUUGGGGCCCAGUCACCGUUUGGUGGCUACAAACUGUCUGGGAGUGGCCGGGAGCUGGGAGAGUAUGGGCUGCAGGCAUACACGGAAGUAAAAACUGUCACAGUCAAAGUUCCUCAGAAGAACUCAUAAAGAACCAUGCUGGCUUUCUUACUCAUCCAGUGACGUAAACUUCAAGGACAUAAGCAACAAAACCACGAAAAAGGACCCUUGCACAAUAAAGUUCUCAAAAGAGAAAUUCUACCAGAAAAAUCUCUUGGAUCAAGAAAGUUCCAGAAUUUUAAUCAAUAAAUAGGGUGGGUGUGGGGCAAAAGGUACAUGGAAAGCCUUUUAAACUACAACAAUGCUACUAGCUUUCGGGCUGCCUUUUCAAACAUAAGAUUGAAAUGUCUCAUCCUGUCCAUCUGAUACACUUCUGUAACUUGCCUUAAUGGGGGAAGAAAAAGCCAUUGUUUACCACUGUACUAUCAUUGAGGCAACUAGCACCUUGCUUUGUAUUCUGGACUAAAACUCAUUAAAAACAAUACUACUGUUCA